ACUGUAAAUUACCCUAGAUCACAAAUGAUUCUGAGAGAUUAUGUAAAGGUGAAACGAGGAUCGAUCGCAUUGCAAAUAAAAUAGGUAAGAAAAGGGAAAAGGGGAAAUUUUGGUUUAUGCUAAUCGCUAGUCUUCAGUUUCGUACGGAUGGAUUCUGUAAAUUGGCGAAUAAAUAACCAUAAAGCGACGUUGUAUCGGCGUCAAUUUCACACUUUCCAUAGUCUCGCCGUUGACAUCUUCGCGGUUACGCAAUCGCACGUCUUAAAAUUUCACCGAAGAAGUCGCAAUUAAUAGUUAAGUGCGAACACUUUUAUUCGCAUUCUUCGCGACAACCAAGAGAAUAAAGAUUUUCAAAUACAAAGUAUCGUGAUAUUACUACAAUAUUGUAAUUGAGCAAUAAAUCACAUAUAUAAAAGAUAAUAUUACGUCGAUAUUGCAUUUCUUCAUGAAACUUUCGCAAGUGUCAUACUUUUUAAUGCUAGAACGCUAUCGACGAUUAAAGUGUAAAAUUUGAAGAAAAACUCAUCGAACUUUCUGUCAAUUGACUAGUUACUAGUUCCUCUAAUUCAUUUAUUCUUGCAGAUUGUUAUUACUGAAUUAACUUUUAACUGUAAAUCAACUAUUUUGGCCAUUCCAGUGAUUGUAAUGUCAAUUCAAAUGACGAAAUCUCGACCAUUUCAAUAAUUCAUUUAUCUCUGUAACUUUCGCGAGACCACCAUUUCAAGGAUCUACAAUUUUCCACUCUCCCAGUUUCCUUUUAUCAACUCAUCAUCAUCAUUGAGAUCUCAGAUGAGAAAUCAAGACGACAUUCCUCUAAAGACAGCACGAACCGCUUUAUUUUAGAAGGCUCUAACCGCGUGAAGCGACAAGAGGAUAAAAAGGAGGAGAGCUUCGAGAGCGAGAUCUGCAAGGACAAGGAUGCGGGCGAAUGGUUCAGAUUGGUGGCAGGGGAGGGUGACAACUGUCGCGACGUGAUUCAGUGCACCAGUUCCGGUCUCCAAGCAAUCAGGUGUCCCGCGGGACUGUACUUUGACAUCGAUAAACAGACCUGCGACUGGAAGGAUUCGGUGAACAACUGUAAACUGAAGAACAAAGAAAGAAAGGCGAAGCCUCUGCUCUACACCGAGGAGCCACUCUGUCAAGAUGGCUCCCUCGCUUGCGGCGACGGCUCUUGCAUCGAGAGAGGCCUGUUCUGCAACGGGGAGAAGGAUUGCGCGGACGGAUCUGACGAGAACAUUUGCGACAUGGACAACGACCCGAACAGAGCGCCACCCUGUGACCCCACGGUCUGCGUCCUUCCGGAUUGCUUCUGUUCCGAGGACGGUACCACGAUCCCCGGUGAUCUACCUUUCAAGGACGUACCGCAGAUGAUCACCAUCACGUUCGAUGACGCCAUCAACAACAACAAUAUCGGCCUGUACAAAGAGAUCUUCAACGGGAAACGCAAGAACCCGAACGGUUGCGAAAUCAAGGCCACCUUCUUCGUCUCUCACAAGUACACCAACUACUCGGCUGUCCAGGAAAUGCACAGGAAAGGACACGAAAUCGCCGUUCACUCUAUCUCUCACAACGACGACGAACGUUUCUGGUCGGACGCGACAGUGGACGACUGGGCUAAAGAAAUGGCUGGCAUGAGGAUCAUCGCGGAGAAGUUUGCUAAUUUGACGGACAACAGCGUGGUCGGUGUGAGGGCACCGUACCUCAGAGUCGGUGGUAACAAUCAGUUCACGAUGAUGGAAGAACAGGCAUUCCUCUACGAUUCCACCAUCACCGCGGCCUUGAACAACCCGCCGCUGUGGCCUUACACGAUGUACUUCAGAAUGCCACAUCGUUGCCACGGGAAUCUUCAACACUGUCCCACGAGGUCGCACGCAGUCUGGGAGAUGGUGAUGAACGAGCUGGAUCGUCGCGAAGACCCACAGAACGACGAGUACCUGCCCGGCUGUGCCAUGGUAGACUCGUGCAGUAACAUCCUGACCGGCGACCAGUUCUACAAUUUCCUGAACCACAACUUCGACCGCCACUACGAGCAAAAUCGCGCUCCCCUGGGCCUCUACUUCCACGCAGCUUGGCUGAAGAACAAUCCCGAGUUCCUGGACGCGUUCCUCUAUUGGAUCGACGAGAUCUUGUCCAAUCACAACGACGUUUACUUCGUGACGAUGACCCAGGUGAUCCAGUGGAUCCAGAAUCCUCGCACGAUAACGGAAUCGAAGAGUUUCGAGCCGUGGAAGGAGAAGUGCGUGGUCGACGGACCUCCCGCUUGCUGGGUCCCCCACACUUGCAAACUGACGUCGAAAGAGGUACCUGGAGAGACCAUCAACCUUCAGACCUGCGUGCGUUGCCCCAACAACUACCCGUGGGUGAACGAUCCGACCGGUGACGGUUUUACUGUGUUGUCGAUGGAACCAUUAAUAAAAGAGAAACCAGCGGAACACGAGAGUGUCUCUCAUUCGCACUUCCCAUCCCCUUUGAACAGGAAUUUCUCGGCGAGGAAAGUGGAACGGAUUCGAAGUCUCGAAGUUUGCCAAGUUCGAAGACCUUUCCUUGUUCUUCUCUUGAGCUCUUCUUUCGUUUUGUUCUUCAACUGCAGUCUCCACUUGUAG